AUGAUUAUGUGGAAUGUGAUUGCAUAUCACCUGUUUAGGAAUGAUGGCAAAUUGUUGUGUUUGGGCUGUUCACGUUCCUUGAAAUUCUUUGACUUGCGUGAAAGCGUGCGCCCAGUAUGCUCAUUGCCGAUGCCGAAUCUGGUACGAAGUGUAAGUGCUGCUGAUAGGCAUCCGUGCAUUGCGUGCAUCGUUGAAGAUUUCAUAUCUAUCUAUGAUCGAAGGCGUUUGACAUCGCCGCUCUACAGGAUACUCAUCCCAUAUUUUGUAAGUACGGCUUUUUUGUCUCCUGGUUUCAUGUGGCUGUCGUCCUGGAACUCAUGGAUAUAA